AAGAGAUGUUUUUCUCUAUUCCGUGGGGAGCUCACCACCUCGAUGUACUGGGGAGGGACAGGGACUGGGCGACGUGACCUGACCAGCUGUACUGGUGGCCGCUGGCUUUCCCUGAAGCUGCUCCCUGCAAGUGUGCAACUGGGUGUACGUGUGUGAGAAGAAGUCCGUCAUGGUGGCGAAGCCCCUAUCUCAUCCGUAGCCCCUGCGUCACAGCAAGGCCUCGCCAACCUUUGGGCGAGAAAUAGCCAAGUGCUCCUCCACGCACGCGUGCUGAGCUGACUGAAUCUGGGGUAGCUCGCCCCUUGCCCCCCCCCCCCCGGUUAAUGCUGUGCCUCAUUGCCCCCCUUCCGCAAUCGAUUCUGCCUCAUUUUGUCUUUCCCUUCCUCCGCCGGUGACGCACCGAAAUCGGCAAGUGGGAGCUACCUGCAGCAGGAGCGCGGCCAGCGGGAGCAGACAUGGGGAAAUCCUUUUCAUUACCUUCACAUGUAUCUAGAGAAGAUGGAGGUGGUUCAUCUGACUGUAUGAAGAAUGGUUUAGUGCAUUCGGAAUCACACAGUGAAGAUGGAAGAGGUGGAGAUGUGUCGCAGUUUCCUUAUGUUGAAUUUACAGGAAGAGAUAGCGUCACGUGUCCCACAUGUCAGGGAACAGGGAGAAUCCCACGGGGACAAGAGAACCAGCUGGUUGCCCUGAUUCCAUACAGUGAUCAAAGACUGAGGCCAAGAAGAACAAAGCUCUAUGUGACUGCUUCUGUAAUUGUAUGCUUACUGCUUUCUGGACUGGCAGUAUUUUUCUUAUUUCCUCGCUCUAUUGAUGUGGAAUAUAUUGGAGUCAAGUCGGUAUAUGUCAGCUAUGAAGCACCGAAGCACAUAAUAUAUUUAAAUAUUACGAACACAUUGAACAUAACGAACAACAAUUAUUAUGCUGUUGAAGUUGCAAACAUUACAGCCCAGGUGCAACUUUCAAAGACUGUUAUUGGGAAAGCACGGCUGAACAAUAUUACUCACAUUGGCCCACUAGAUAUGAAACAGAUUGACUACAUGGUACCUGCAAUUAUACAAGAUGAAAUGAGCUACAUAUUUGAAUUUUGUACCCUACCCUCUAUCAAAGUCCAUAACAUAGUAGUAAUGAUGCAAGUGACUGUGACAACUUCUUACUUUGGCCAUUCUGAACAAAUUUCUCAGGAGAGAUACCAGUAUGUAGACUGUGGUGGAAACACAACGUACCAGCAGGGGCAGACAGAGUAUCUAAAUGUCCUUCAGCCGCCUCUGUAAAAAGAGCAGAGAUGGGGAAAGAAGAUGGUUCAUCAGUGCUGAACUUCCUGUCAUAUUUGGUAGAACAACUUAAAAAGGUAUAUGUAUAUAGCUUAGCUGUCCUGAAGGAUUUGAAACAUGAGCAGAAAAAGAGCAAAGUGUAUAUUAUCAGAAAUGAGAACUUCUUCCUCCGCUUUUACUAUGUAAGUAUCUGUCAGGGUGUCAGGAAGAAAGUUAAAUCAGUGAAUUUUCAUACAUGGAUUCACAACAUCAGCGUGCAAACACAUAAUUGUAUAAAUGACACUGAGUCACUAACAAGUAUUAUCUUAGAAAACAAGUUGAUUACAAAAUAGUUAUUUCGGUUACGAUUAUUUCAGAUGACAGCCUGUACAUCUGAUGUAUCGAAACAUUUUUUGCUGUGUUAAAGCAUUAUUUUGUUUGUUUGUUUAAAACCUUAUAAGGUUCUUGAGGCAGUGUACAAGAAUAAAACAACUAAUAACAAUCAGUUUAAACCCAAUAACAUCAACAAUAACAGAAAAAAUAACAGCAACUUAAAAUUUAAAAUCACUUUUACAGCAAAUAAAAAUAAUAAGAUAAACUUGGCUAAUUUAAAAUUCAGUAGCAACAAAACCUAACCAAUCAGAUAAAGAAAUAAAACCAGCCACGCCCAGCUGAAAAAACAGAUCAUGAAUAGCCUGGAGAAAGAAAACAUUCUUACCUGGUACCUAAAAUCGAACAAAGAAGGUGCCAGAUGUAAUGGGAGGAAGUUGUACAAACAUAGUGCCACCACUGAGAAAAGCAUUUCCCUUGUUGGCCAUGCAACUCAUCUUGUAAACAGGAUUACUCACCAGGGCUCAGGUGCUGAUCUUAGAAGCUAAUAUUUGCUUUAAUAACCAUACACCCAUUCAGAUAUCAUUGUACUAGGAUUUUUUUACAAAUUCCAUUACAGACAGAGAACAUGAUACAGCCUUAAUUCCACAAAUCUGAGUGAUCCACUUGAAAUCUUUGCAUAGAUUGAAUAUGUAAACACGUACACACAAGUAGCAGAAUGAUAGGUGCAAGAUGAAGAGUAAACUGUAGGUAAUGCAUAAAAUUUUGUGUUGGAAAAACAAUACAUACAUACAAAACUUUAAGGAAAACCAAAACAUGCUUUUAUGUAUUUCAUGUCUUCCAAAUUUGUUGAUUGGCAUAAUGUAAUUAUGUGCUUCUUUCAGAUCUCCAAAUUUUGUGUUUUAGUUUUAAAAUCAUUUAGUUGCCACUGGGGUAUUAACUAACUGUAGACUCUUGACAGCUUUGUGGGAAUUCAAAAUACAUGAAUCUGAACUCAGACUUUUUUGCUAAAAGCAUUCGUUUUCUCACUUUUCAGAUAUGGGAGUUGAUGAUCUAGAACAAAUGUUUUUUAAAAGCUCACGUGCCUAGGGUCAGUUAGGGCUGAAGUAUAAUUACACUUGACAUUGUUUCAGUACUGAAUUAAAUAGGAAGAUCGCUGGUGUGGUGAUGCUCCCAUGCCAUUCCAGUAACUUGAAGGGGAGUAGUUGUGUAGGCAGGCCAACUAGGGUGGUUACUUCCAGGACUAUCCAUGAUUAUAUGGUAAUAAUACUGUCUAUGUGACCUGUUUUAUUAUCACUUCACUUCUACUGUUAAUAGAAUGGUAUACAAUGGACUCGUUCUGCAACAGCUCCUAUGCUAUUCAUAUUAUUUGAGUAGGGGUGAAUCUUAGCUGCAUCCACCUGGUAAAAAUGAAUUUUGUUGUUGCAUAGUUGCAGUAUUUUUCAAUUUGCUGCAUUUUCAUCUGUAUGAGUGUCUACUUUUCUAAUUAAAAUAUCUGUUCAGGCUCAAUAGUAGCCAUAACUCUGGGCCAUGUUAAGCGUAAUGGUCUCAUUAGUCUUGAUGGGACAAAUGUAACUAUGUAGUUACUUUUUUCUCAUGGAGAUAAACACUUAAACACUUUCAAACUUGAAAAGAAAAUGAAGUUCAUGAAUGAAUUACAAAGGGUUUAUCACUACCAACGCUUGAGAAGAGAGUCUGACUGCAAAUAGUAAUAAUAUUAAACGGAUGCAUUCUACUGCCAACCUUAUUCCAGUGGUUGCUCUUAAAAGGCAAGAGUACUUAAAGAACCGUGCGAGUCCCGCAGCACAUUUGGUUUACCAGAACUGAACUAUACACAAACUUCUUUUUUGCCUCUCGGGUUCAUAUGUGAUGCUGUACAAUUGUCUGAAAAUUGUGUAUCACGGUUCAACAUUUGCAUCCCACUUUUAGCAUUAUGGAAAAUGUUCAGGAAUUUGAUUAGUAAAUAUAUGUACACCUCUUUCACAGUAGGUAUUUUUAUUUUGGCCAGCUGAUGCUAUGCGGUUGAAAAGACAAAAACCCAUUACCCAGCUUGUUACUUGAAAUCUUAAGUUUUCAGUCUGUAGCAGAGGCAUUUUGCACUUUCAGCGGGAGUUGGUUGGAUAAAAUUUUGCAGUCUCAGGACUGCAUUGUAGUACCACUAAAUGUACUUUUUGAUGGAAAAUAAAUAAUUUAUAGAGUAUUACUUAGGUAGUAUGUUAACUUAAUUUUGGGAUAGUGGGGUAUACUCAAAAUACAAUCAUGAUUAUUUUACACCUCUUAAAAGACUAGUAUUCACACUUUUAUUCCAUAAAAUUUGACAUUCCAAGGCUGCUUUUGUUUCUGUUAGAGUAUAUUUUGAGAGGUUUUCCUGCAUUUCUACUAUAUAUGUUUGUGUGCUGUUAACAUUGCUGUACUUUAAUUUGUAACUGUUUAUUGCUGCUGAUACAAACAUGCUUUGAUACAGUUUAUAUAAGCUGCCUAUGAAAUGAAACCCUUGCAAUCAUCUGAGACUCAGUGCGUUAUGUAAAGCAUGGGCCAGUCUCGUGUUGUAUUGCCAUGGGUUUUUUGUUAAAUUGAGAGUGUCUUUAAGAUAAAAACAGAUGGACAGAGCUAUCUAGCAUAUUGCAUGCUUUUGUGUAGGCAGAAUCAAAGUGCUAUUCAUUGCCCUCCUAUCUAUGUGUCUUGAAUAUACUUUUCUCGCUGGGAUUUGUAACCUGUAGUAGGUUUAAAGCAGGGGUCCCCAACCUUUUUGAUCCUGUGGACUCAUUUCAAAUUCUGAUACAAUGUUGUGGAUGCAGCUACAAAAUGGCUGCUGCAGGAAGCUGAGCUAGCCUUGGCUUUCUCCCGCCUGGGUGGGGGAUGCCCUGCUUUCACCUUCACCCCCGUCCCCACUUACCUGGCCAGUGGGGGGGCAUCCCCCCAGCGGCGCAGCGUGUUUCCACCCCACCCCCCACGGGGCACCCCCCAGUGGCGCAGUGCGCUUCCACCCCACCCCCCUCAGCGGCGUGCUCCCAUGCCUCGCAGCAGGUCUGUUUGGGGCCAAAUCGAGCCCACGGGGGGUGGGAAUUCAGCCCUUUGGUGAGCGCAGGAGCCCUCCCAUGCCACCCUUUGACCCACAUGAUGUCAUCACACCACAUGGGAGUGCGCGCGCUCAGGCACCCCCCCUCCCCGGCACGGCACACUCCCACGCCCUGCAGUGUCACACUCCCAUGCCCCACAGUGGGCCUGUUUGGGGCCAAAUCAGGCCCACAGGUGGGAGAUUCAGCUCUUUGUUGAGCGCCAGAGCACUCCCGGGCCACCCUUUGACACAUGUGAUGAUGUCACUUCCCAGAAGUAACGUCAUCACACCAGCCAGGAGCGUGUACGCGCACAUGUAUGCUAAGAAGAAAAGGGGAAGGAAGGGAGGUAGGAGCCAGUGUCCCAAUCUCCUGCCGGGAGAGUGAAGGGACCUGGUAACCCUAGGCUGAGCCAGCUACAAAAUGACUGUCACACCUUACCUUCAGUCAUACAGUGAAGAUCCUCGUGCUGUGGUAGCAGCUUUUGUUAAAGCAAUGUUUUUAAAAAUCUGCACAGCCACUAAAAUCUCCACUGGCCUAUCAGAAACACUGGUGGGACAAAGCCCCACCUGACCACGCCCACUUUCUAAAAACACUUGGUGGGCACCAGGAAAGGUGUUGGUGGAAACAAUGGUACCUAUGGGCACCAUGUUAGGAAUCUGAUUUAAAGUUUUGCUGCCACAAAUGGGGGGAAACCUUGCAUUAUUUCUCAAGUCUGGAAUAUUUCUAAAAUAUUUCAACCCUGUACUCUCAUUGCAGCAGUUAUUGGGCUUUUAAUUUCUAGUUAAAAAUAUAAAACAAAAACCAAUGAUAAGUCUACUGUAAAAGAAAACAAAUUUUUAAAAGUAGCUGGAAAACUUCAACAGACCAAUAACAAUAACAUCAGCAAUAUUUUUAUUUAUUUAUUUAAUGUCAUUUAUAGUCUGCCUUUCUCACUGAGACUCAAGGUGGAUUACAUAGUGUGAGAUUAGUACAGUUUAUAAAAGCUUAACAUUGCAAGUUUACAAAAGCAUAACAUCAGCAAAAAUCCAACACCGGGUUGAAGAAAUGCUGAAACAGAGCAUAAGCAAUUCUAGGACUGAGAUUAGACAACAUAGAACUACCCAGAAGGAUCAGCAACAGGUAGUACAUAGGUGCACUUACUUAAAGCAACAGGUAGUACAUAAGGCAACAUAGUGGUGAAGUCUAUUGUCCCUGACUUGUUAGUGAAGCAUCUCUUUUCGACCAGCUCCCUAUAAUACAGCCCUUCUAUUUGAGUAGAAAAGCCUUUUUGAAUAAUUCAGUUUUGCACCAUUUGCAGACAGCCGGGAGACCAUCCUGACCACCUCAGGCAGGCCAUUCCAUAGGGUGGAGGUCACCACAGAGAAUGUAUGUAUAUGGGCAGCUGCUGAUUUCACCCACGUGCAGGGUGGCACCUGCAGGAGACCUGGCUCAGAGGAGAGAAGCUGCUGUGGAGGCACAUAGGGAGGGAGGUGGUCCCAUAGGUAUGCUGGACCAAGGCCAUGAAAAGCUUUGUAUAUGAUAGCCAAUACCUUGAACUGGGCAUGGUAACGGAUAGGUAGUCAAUGGAGUUAAAUUUUAAAGCAUUAAAACCUGUGAAGGGAUGUGAAAGGAGAACAGACUAAAAUUACGUUGGCGAGAGGAGCAACAGGAUUAUUAACGGAACAAUGAUUUAGGUGGUGUUGAAACCUUAACAGAGUUGGUAUAAAGCAGAGGGCUGAGAGGUGUCACCCACAUUGUUUCAUUCUGAGGGCGCGCACACACAACAAAGCCACUGUAGAUGUUCUCAACUGAUCGGCAGGCUUAUAUUGGAGUGGGAAGCCCUUGAAAUCUCCUGUUCUCAGAUAAUAAUUAACGCUUCAGGUUGUGCCCAGAAGUAUAGCUCUUGUAAAAAUGUGAGAUUUGUUCCUUAUAGUUUAUGCCAAUAGCAACGUUGCUGUUGUGUUCUGUGCCAAGUGAAGAUUCCAAACCAUUUUCCACGACAGUCCAAAAUAGAGCAUGUGGCUGUAAUCUAAUAUGGACGUUACCUGGGCCAGUGAAUAACUGGCUACACAGCCAGGGAAGGAACUCGGCUGGCAUACAGGCUGAAAUUUAUUUAAAGGUUCUAGUAGUUGCAGACAAGGCCUGGUAGACCCUCCAUUUGUAUGCCCCGUGGAACUUCUGUGUUCUGAAGAAUACAGCUCCAUUUAACACAGGUUGACUUCUCAGACUAAUAGGAUGUAUUAACAACCUACAGUACCUCAAUCUUUUCUAGGUUAAGUUUCAGUUUACUGGCCUUCCUCCAGCCUGUUACUGCCAUCAGAUACUUUUUCAGGAAAUACACUGCCUCACUCAGUCACCUGGAAGAAGGAAAAAAUACAGUUAUGUAUCUUAAUGUGAUGGCUUUUUGUGCCAAAUCUCCUGAUAGCCUCUCCCUGUGAUCUCAAGUAGAUGUUAAAUAGUAUGAGCAGCAAGGCUGAACCCUGCAGAAAUAGUUUGAGGAGCAAGACUGAACCCUAUUACAAAUAAUUAUAACACCUUUUCCCAGAACCACCUUUUAAUAUCAGUUGGCUGGAUAGCAACACCAACCAUCAGAACAUGGCACUUCCAACACCUCCUUUGUCUUGAAGGACGCUGUCGUUGAUGGUACCAGAAGCUGUUGAGAAGUCCAGGACAACCAAUAGGGUCAUUUUUCCUGUGUCUCAUGGCAUAAGCAGCAAAGGUAGUAUCAGUUCCAAAACUGUUGAAAAGUGGGAUGACAUGGUCUACAUAAUCCAUCUUACCACACACACACACACAAGCCAGAAAUUCCACAGCUGCCAAAAGUUUAAGCACCUUGUUAAAAGGGGGUGGUGGUGGUAUAUUUGAUAUUGGCUGUUAUUCAAAUUGCUUGGGUCCAGGGAUGGUUUGAUGGCUUUUUCAGAAGGUUUCAUAAUUGUCGCCUUCAAGGCAGUUGGCACUAUCUCCUCCUUCAAUGAUGUAUUCACUACUCUCUGGAUUUAACUGAGCCACUAGAUGUAAUGAACCAUGAGGAAAAGAGCUGAACAUGGAUAUGGAUAUCGACCAGACUGCUCCAAGCACCAUGUCCAUAUCCUCAGUUUGCAACAAGUGAAAUUCAUCAAACAACUUGUGAUUUUGAAUGAGCUUCAAAUAACAGUUGUACUUGCAGAGGGCAAGCGCUGACAUAUGGGUAAUCAAUUUUAAUUUAAGAUGAAAUGUGCAGUGGGCAAGAUUUGAGUACUAGCUAUAUUCCUAAAUUUGUUCUUGGCUUUUCAGCCCAUUGCAAUGUAGACUGUGGCACAUCGUAAGCUGUAUCGCCAUGUUCUUAGCUGGCAAAGGUAGGGCAGGCCCUACAAUUUUAUUGGAUCUUAAAAAUUUCUACAUAAAACAGAAAUUUAAUGACCUACUUACUGUUCGUUGUUUUUUUAAAGUGACUUCUGUUCAUUAACCACUACUAGUGUUCAAAAUUGCAUAUAAUUUAUGUAUAGAAAUACUAAAAGGUGAUAACUAUUUUUGUAAUUUCAGAAAUGUAAUUGUUCCUGUAAUCAUGUGGCAAAUGAUCUGUAUGCAGUAUUUGAAAGCAUGAAAAAUAAAACUGCUCUAUUUGGUGUGCUUUUAUGGAUUCA